GAAGUACACACUGAGUUAUUAAUCAGACUAAGAAAUAAUAAAAACUAUUGACACCAUAAUGUCUUGUAACUUUAUAGAAAUGUUAAUGCUAGUUCAAUGUCUUGAUCUCAGUGGGAAAAUUAUUAAAUUUAUAGUAUAACUUUGGCAAAAUGGCUUGUUUCGGAAAACGGAGGGACAGCGACAGGAGAGACAGCGAUAGGAGAUUGAUGAUCGAGGAUCCGCAUGUCCGGCGAAAGUUUAUCGUCAAGGUCCUUAUGAUAGUGGCGAUCAAUUUGCUCUUCACCUCAUUGAUUGCCUCCAUAGUUGUCUUUUAUCGGCCGGCAAGAAGAUUUUUCAGAAGACACUGGUGGAUAUUCAUACCCGCCUUCUGUGUCUUGACAACAAUCCACAUUUUGCUCUGCUAUUGCCAGCAAUUAUUUCGCAAGUCACCGAUUAAAUUUAUUCUGUUGGCCAUCUAUGUCUUGGCCCACACGGUCUUGGUAUGCAUUAUAGUGUCUAGAUAUCAUCCGAAGUUGAUUUUCAUUGCAUUUGGCAUCUGUACCAUCAUGGUGAUCUUAUUGGGUAUAUUUGCAAAAUUUGCUCCAUGUGAUUUCACAAACUGCUGGAUUUUCGUAUUUGUAGUAUCUGUACUCCUGAUGCUACUGGGCCUAUUGGCAAUAUUUUUUAAAAUAAUGCUGGUGAUAUAUGUCGCUGUCGGUGUAUUUGCCUACUCCAUGUUCCUUGUGAUAGACCUUCAAUUGUUAAUUGGCGGCAAAACGCAUCGAAAUGAGUACGAUGAGGAGGACUAUAUAAUAGCCGCAUUGCAGAUCUAUCAUGAUAUCAUAGAACUCUUUAAAAUGCUACUUAUCUGUAUGGGUCUACUAGACAUAUAAAUUAAGAGGUACUUUUGAUUGGAAACUAAA